CCUUGGUUUUUCAUUAGAGGUCUCACAAGUCUGUCCUCUGUAUCUGUAGUUAAACAUUUCGUCUUGCGUAUAUUUUUGAGUUUUGAUGUUCACUUAUAUCUCCGUUUUGUACUUUGAACCCUGUUUAUAUGUUAGGAUAUAAGUGACACGUUUUCCUGCAUCGUCAUUCAGUUUGUCAUUCGUACUUCUUACGGCAUACAUUAACGAUUACUUCAAGUUCGAGAUAGUGUUAUCGUUGCUAUUAUUAAUAAAACAUUCAAUAUGAUGCUUAACAAGGUGUUCAAUCCCAGAAUAUACCUAAAUAUGGUACGGCCGUUCUCAGCAGCUGCUGAAUCAAUUAAAGGGUUCAGCUUAGAAUUAUCUGAUACUCAGAAAGAAAUUCAAGAACUAGGACGGAAGUUCACCAGAGAAGAAAUCAUACCAAUAGCUGCGGAAUUUGAUAAAAGUGGACAAUAUCCGUGGGACAUUGUCAAAAAGGCAUGGAGUAUUGGUAUUCUAAAUCCACAUAUUCCACAACAUUGCGGUGGUCUAGAAAGUGGUGUUUUUGACGGCUGCUUGUUGGCAGAAGAAUUUGCUUAUGGCUGUUCAGGAAUAGCAACUGCAUUAGGAACAACAAAUCUUGGACAAACUCCCGUUCUCAUAGCUGGAAACAAGGAACAGCAAAAGAAAUAUCUUGGAAGAUUAGUAGAAGAGCCACAUGUUGUAGCCUAUUGUGUUACUGAACCUGGUGCAGGAUCUGAUGUAGCAGGUAUUAAAACUAAAGCUGAAAAGAAAGGAAAGGAGUGGAUACUUAAUGGGACCAAAAUGUGGAUCACAAAUGGUGGUGUUGCCAACUGGUAUUUUGUUCUGGCGAGAACAAAUCCUGAUCCGAAAACACCAGCAAGUAAGGCUUUCACGGGUUUCAUCGUGGAUCGUGAUAGCCCUGGCAUAACUAUUGGUCGUAAGGAAAUAAAUAUGGGACAACGAGCAUCCGAUACACGAAUGAUAACGUUCGAAGACGUUCGCGUUCCUGAAGAGAAUGUGUUGAUUGGAGAAGGACAAGGUUUUACUGUAGCUAUGAAAACAUUCGACAGGACACGACCAAGUGUUGCUGCAAUGGCAGUUGGCGUAGCUCAGAGAGCUCUGGAUGAAGCAACGAAAUAUGCGAUGGAACGCAAAACUUUCGGUAGACUGAUCGCGGAUUAUCAAGCUGUGGCAUUUAUGCUAUCUGAUAUGGUUAUUGGCGUUGAAACUUCCAGAAUAGCAAUGCUGAGAGCCGCAUGGGCCACUGACAAAAAACUGCCGAAUGCCACUCCUCUUGCUAGUGUUGCAAAAUGUUAUGCUGCUGAUGUAGCUAAUAAAUGUGCUACUGACGCUGUACAGGUUUACGGCGGUGCUGGUUUUAAUACUGAAUAUCCAGUGGAAAAACUUAUGCGUGAUGCUAAAAUUUUCCAAAUAUACGAAGGCACUGCACAAAUUCAAAGAUUGAUCAUAUCACGCCAUCUCUUAAAUCAAGCCAAGCAAACAAGUAAUUAAAGAGAGAAACAUAUGUCGGACUGAUUUAUGAUCUAUACAGUUACGAUCGAUGCAAAAACAAAAAUUGUUACAAAUAUAUUAGUAUUUAAUACGCAAGAUGUUUCCUAAUAAUCAUCUAAAGAGUACGGCAUAUCAUUUAUGGGUCAUAAAAUUAUUUUCUUUC